AUGACAGUGAAUUUUUUCAGCUUCACCCCGGAGAUCCGGCUUAAGAUCUACUCAGAGCUUCUUGUCCUUUCCGAGCCCAUUAUUUUCGUGGCAGACUAUGGCCCUCCGUCACCGCCCCUGAUUCGAUCCAGUAGAGUCGGUUUGUAUCCGGCGCUCCUCCGCAUCAACAAGCAGGCGCAUGGGGAAGCUAGUCCCCUUCUCUACUCAAACAAUUGCUUUCAAUUUCCUAACGUUUAUAAUCGGGCACUGUCCGCCACAGAUAGUGCUCACAUCGCCCCAUUCCUUCGACAAAUCGGAUCUUACGCAAGCCUUGUUCGCCACAUCUGCAUUCCCUUCCCUACAUUUGGCGAUUACCGGCAUGAGAGAGCUAGGCUUCACGAAGCACACAUCGAAAAUCUAGCACUUAUCCGAAAUACCUGUACACACAUCGCUACUCUCGAAUUAUUGCUUCAACUAGAUCGUAUGAGCUAUGCGUUCAGCGAUUCGCUUUUCGCAACAAAAGCGCUAGAUUUGCUCGGCACGCAAUUUGAGACCAUCUUGUCGCUGAAAAAGAUCAUUGUCAAUUUACAGAUAUAUGGCAGUGAGGAUCUAAGCGAUUUGACGAAGAUGAUGCACGAUCGUACGUGGACUGUCGAGAUUACAAUACUCCCACCAAAGGUUUGGAUCAGUAAUAACGAACGGGUCGAAUUUGAUAACGAGGAGGAUUGUGAAGCGUAUAAUAACGAACAGCUCGUCCUCGAUAUGCGGAGAGAGCGAAACCAAGAGGACGAGCGGUGGAAGGAGGAAUAUGACAGGAGGAGAAAUGAUCCUUAUUGGAAGAAUGAUUCAGACUACGAUUAA